AUGGGAGAAGAAAACCAGCUAAUAAGAAUCUUUGAUCAUUACGGAAUUGAGCAUAGGUGCCUAACAGUAAGCUGCCCUAAAGAGUAUUAUCGUGAACUUUGCCAAGAGUUCGAAUGCAUUCUCAGAUGUGGCACAUAUCAUCAAAUCUGUCAAUGGACUUUCACCGAACUAUACAUUAAACAUUACGAGUUAUUUCUAGAAAUAUUAAAGUCAGCUACAACAGGUAUCAGUGGACCCUUAAAAAGUGGGAAGCAUGGUUGCAUUCACAGGUUCAAGAUCAAGAUCGGGAUGGAUAAUCUCAACAGUGAUCUUUAUGGUUAUCUCCUGAAUAUUAAUGACCAAAUUAUGAUAGCUUUCAUUAACCAUCCCCUUGGACCAACGAUGGGCCAUGAAGUUUGUCAUGUUACUGGUAUCUUAAUUCAUUCAAAGAAAGUCUACCCAAUCUCAAUCCCAAAUUACGAGGAGAUGGACGAAAUAGUCAAAACCACAGGUUUAGACUUCUACGAAGAAAAGUUCCAUAAUGCCUCGGAAAUAGUUGAGAAUUUCUUAUUGACUUUCAUUCCAAAAGGUAUCAUCGAUAACCCGAGAUUCAAACUGAAAUGGGAAUUAGCAUAUGGUCAGAUGCUUGAAGAUUUUAACUGCGACUUCAUUAAAGAUUUAUUUCAAUUCCUCACAAAUAAUGGAAUGACCCCUCAGGAAUUCGAGGCGUUCAAAAUAGCCACAUGCAACACAACAAAAGUAAUCCGUGGUGCCAGAUAUCAAAUGAACAUGUGGAACUCCGGACUACCAGAUGAAUUAAGAAACAUCGUAGAAUACCCAUUUCAAUUUGGUUCAACCACAGUAAAUCACUCAGAAGGUAUUGCAAAUCACGAAUACAUGAAGAAUAAUUAUCAUAAGUUUCAAGUUUCAUUGAGCAAUGGCCAAACCAUCAGAAACUUAAAUCGCAAGAUAGCUAAUUCAUCCGGAAAAUUAUUCCGGAUUGGACAUGCGAAAGAUGAUUUCUUCAAGAGGGAAUUUAAAGACGUGUUUGAGUUUGCCGGGGAAUACACGAAAACGCAAAAAAGGUUCACACAAAUCUUUAACGAUUUAUUGGGUAUGCCUGAAGAGGAACUCAUUCAUAUUGAAAGUUCUUGUUAA